GGAGAACUACCAAAGAUGGAAAGUGAUUUAAGAAGCAAAUCAUGCUCAUGUGAAGUUUGCACUUGCUGCAACGCAUCAAAAUGUGGAGGGCCCGAUUGUACCUGCAAAGAUUGCAAGUGCUGUGGAGCGUCUAAAUGCGGAGGAUCAGCUUGUACUUGCGAAGACUGCACUUGUUGCAAGGCGUCGAAAUGUGGAGGGCCCGAUUGUACCUGCAAAGAUUGCAAGUGCUGUGGAGCGUCUAAAUGCGGAGGAUCAGCUUGUACUUGCGAAGACUGCACUUGUUGCAAGGCGUCGAAAUGUGGAGGGCCCGAUUGUACCUGCAAAGAUUGCAAGUGCUGUGGAGCGUCUAAAUGCGGAGGAUCAGCUUGUACUUGCGAAGACUGCACUUGUUGCAAGGCGUCGAAAUGUGGAGGGCCCGAUUGUACCUGCAAAGAUUGCAAGUGCUGUGGAGCGUCUAAAUGCGGAGGAUCAGCUUGUACUUGCGAAGACUGCACUUGUUGCAAGGCGUCGAAAUGUGGAGGGCCCGAUUGUACCUGCAAAGAUUGCAAGUGCUGUGGAGCGUCUAAAUGCGGAGGAUCAGCUUGUACUUGCGAAGACUGCACUUGUUGCAAGGCGUCGAAAUGUGGAGGGCCCGAUUGUACCUGCAAAGAUUGCAAGUGCUGUGGAGCGUCUAAAUGCGGAGGAUCAGCUUGUACUUGCGAAGACUGCACUUGUUGCAAGGCGUCGAAAUGUGGAGGGCCCGAUUGUACCUGCAAAGAUUGCAAGUGCUGUGGAGCGUCUAAAUGCGGAGGAUCAGCUUGUACUUGCGAAGACUGCACUUGUUGCAAGGCGUCGAAAUGUGGAGGGCCCGAUUGUACCUGCAAAGAUUGCAAGUGCUGUGGAGCGUCUAAAUGCGGAGGAUCAGCUUGUACUUGCGAAGACUGCACUUGUUGCAAGGCGUCGAAAUGUGGAGGGCCCGAUUGUACCUGCAAAGAUUGCAAGUGCUGUGGAGCGUCUAAAUGCGGAGGAUCAGCUUGUACUUGCGAAGACUGCACUUGUUGCAAGGCGUCGAAAUGUGGAGGGCCCGAUUGUACCUGCAAAGAUUGCAAGUGCUGUGGAGCGUCUAAAUGCGGAGGAUCAGCUUGUACUUGCGAAGACUGCACUUGUUGCAAGGCGUCGAAAUGUGGAGGGCCCGAUUGUACCUGCAAAGAUUGCAAGUGCUGUGGAGCGUCUAAAUGCGGAGGAUCAGCUUGUACUUGCGAAGACUGCACUUGUUGCAAGGCGUCGAAAUGUGGAGGGCCCGAUUGUACCUGCAAAGAUUGCAAGUGCUGUGGAGCGUCUAAAUGCGGAGGAUCAGCUUGUACUUGCGAAGACUGCACUUGUUGCAAGGCGUCGAAAUGUGGAGGGCCCGAUUGUACCUGCAAAGAUUGCAAGUGCUGUGGAGCGUCUAAAUGCGGAGGAUCAGCUUGUACUUGCGAAGACUGCACUUGUUGCAAGGCGUCGAAAUGUGGAGGGCCCGAUUGUACCUGCAAAGAUUGCAAGUGCUGUGGAGCGUCUAAAUGCGGAGGAUCAGCUUGUACUUGCGAAGACUGCACUUGUUGCAAGGCGUCGAAAUGUGGAGGGCCCGAUUGUACCUGCAAAGAUUGCAAGUGCUGUGGAGCGUCUAAAUGCGGAGGAUCAGCUUGUACUUGCGAAGACUGCACUUGUUGCAAGGCGUCGAAAUGUGGAGGUUCAACUUGUACUUGUGAUCACUGCAAAUGUUGUAUAAAAUCCACCUGUCGUGCAUCCAGCUGCUCUUGCGUCCAAUGCCAAUGUUGCAGUGUAUCGAAAUGUUGCAAAUAGCGAACCUGACUAAAAGAAUUUAAUAAUAGAAAGCAUUAC